GCACCGCGGGGGACCUGCCUCUGCCCUCCGCCGACAGGGACAUGAGGGCUUCCCAACCAAACGUGCCCCCGGCCGGUGCGGGCCUUCCCUGCGGGCGGGACACUGCCGGCGCCUCAGUGAAAAGCCCAGACAAUGGCCAAGGGACUGGCAAAUGAAACAUCCGAAACAGUACUGGAGGGCCUUAGGGUUACUCCAGGAGUACCUGGCAUGCGUCAUUAGGAGCUGUAAAGAAUUAAAAUGGGAUUCUGUACCAACUGUACACAAAAAGUUCCUGAUGAUCUUCUCCUGUAUCUCUGUAUUGCCACUCAAAGUUAAUUUCUAUUUAACUUAAAAGUAAGUACAUGAAUCUUUAUGACCAUGCAUCAAGCUGUGAGCACCUUCAAAAUUAACUACAUUUUACACAGAAGUAUGUACCUCCUUUGAAGGGUUUUAAUUCAGACGAGUGGGUACUUGGGUUAGUAAUUGUACAUACCAGGAGGUAAUCAAAGUCCUGUGACUGGCUGUUGAGAAGUUUGUUAAAAGCAGGAAAACUAAUUAUCUCCUGAAUUUCUGGAAAAAAAAAAUAAAUAAAAGAGGAAGGUUGACCCCUUUGAGUCCUGAAGUCCUAAAGAAGCUGGUGACUGGACUCCUGUUCAGUAAAUCAAUACUGGCUUCAGCACAACAUACUUCGGUCAAUCUUCGCUUUCCCUAUGGUUCCAACUUAAAAUUUAAGAAGGCCUUCAUGCGAACAUGGAAUAGUUUUUCUCUAAAGCAGAUGAGAUGCCUUGGAGUUCUCAAGUGAGCUUGCACAAGGCCCGAGAUUCUAGAAAAAGUAGACCCAGUACGUGCUGCUGCCAUUGCCUUGAUAAUGUUACUCUGAUGGAAUCAUGCCUACAGUUGAAGAGCAUUCAAAUUUGAUGAAGUUACGGUACCUCAGAAUUGAAUUCUUCUUGAGACAGUGACCAUAUAGGAUGAAAGAAAAAUGAUCUUCUGUUUUUCAAAUACUUGAGUUUGUUCUUUGUAACAACAUGGUUUACUGUGAAAAGUGAAAGAGGAAUCUUUCUGGACACUUUAAAAGAUAACUGGGUGGCAUAGCAAAAUGCUUUGUUUGAGGCAAGUUUGUUUGUUUACUCUGAGACAUUACCAAGCUCGGACUCUGAGUAGUGAUCUGCUUUUGAGCCAGAUAAACAGCUGUACCCAUGAAGAUGAAGUGUUCAGCCUUGUUGGAAGGAACAAGGCCAGGCUUUCUGAAAAACAUGUGGGAAUUGCACUGAACGUGCUGUGGCAAUUGCAAAAGAGGAGGCCACUUCUCUUAAGGACUAGUGACUAUAUUAGAAAUCACUCCCAGUUUCUUGCCCUUUGCAUUUUAGCAGAAAACAAGGUGGAACACAUGGAAGAUGAGGCCAUAGUGGACACCCUAUACAGUAUUCUGAGGCUCAAUGUUGAAGACCACGAUUCUCUCGCAGAAGUGCUUGUUACAGAAGCAUGGAAGAGGUUAGAAAGGCUUAGUUUGCCAGCUUUGUCUAAAUUUGCACUGUGUUUAUACAAGCAGCGCAGACACUGCAGUCCUAUAACUGGCAAAGUAGCUCAUAUUGUGGACAUGAAACUAGAUUCUAUACAGGAUAUAAGGAUCUUGUCAGUUUUGAUGAUCAGCAUAUCUGAUGUUAUCUCGCAGAGUUUUAGAGAUCGAUUGCUACAGAAAGCUGAACAGCUCCUGGAAGACAAGCAUGAAGUGCACUUCAACUAUGCCAAAAGAAUACUACAGUUUCUGCAAAGUACUAAACUGAGAUAUCACCCAUUGCUAGAAAAAUGCAAUGAGAUUUUACUUAGAAGUGCCUCCCAUCUUGAUAUAUACAGUAUUAGUCUUAUUUUUGGACUGUACGAGCAGCUGGGUUUUGACAAUGCUGAAUUUCGCUUGGUUGCCAAACAGCUACUGUCUGAAACUGUAGAUGAUUGUUAUGAUCCUGAAACCUUUGCAAAAUUAUUUUCUAUUCUUGGGCCUAUGGCAAGCUCCAACGUAAGAGAAAGGUUGCUAGUAACUGCAGCGUACAUGGCAGAAGAAUUUAGCGGUCAUCAAGUAUUGGUAAUACUGAAGACAAUGCAGAAAAUGAAAUGCAGAAAUUCUCAUCUACUCAAAAAAAUGGCUUCUGUUCUGCACAAACACUUGGAUAGCUAUCAUGUGUUACAGUUGGUAAAGUUAACACAGUACUUGGUGGUGUUGCGUUUUCACAAUCUGGAGCUGUUUGCUAAACUGAAAAUAUUACUAUUUCGUUUUUUGAAAUCUAGUGUCAUACCUGCUGAUACUGCUGCAAUAAUUCGUGUUCUGGCCAUGCUUCCUUCAUUUCAAGUGGAGGAAAUAAUUAUAAACAAAGCAGCAGCAGUUCUGCCACAAUGCAGGCUUCAUCAUUUGAAUUCCAUUGCCACAGCUCUUGUCAAGUGGAGUCAUUAUGACCAGUUACACUGGCAAAACAAUUCUGAGCUAUGUGCAAAGCUCCUGCAAAAGCUAAAUGACUGUGGAUUUCAGAGACUUCAGAAAGCCAACAACUUAAACCUUCUGUUGGAAGAACUUACACAUGUGAAUGGAGAGUGGUUUGAAGAAGUCAUCAAUGAGGAAACUGUGGCCAUGUGUCAACGCUUGAUAGACCAAAUAACGCGGGCAAAUGUAUUACAGGUGUCUUUUUUCCUUGUAAAAACAAACCACCGUUGUACACCGUUACUUGACAGAAUAGCUUCUGUGGCUGUUGAAAAUAUACACAAGAUCCACCCCUUAGAAAUUUGUUUUAUUCUCCACCUUUUCUCUGCUCUGAAUUAUGACCCUCCUGCCAAUGAAGAGUUCUUUGAGAGCUGUAUCCAACAUCUUACUUCUAACUUGAGUUGUUUUGAAACUCACCACUUGGUGCUGCUUGGUCAUGUUUUGGCAGUGGCUGGGUAUUUUCCACCAGUUCUGAUAAAGAAGAUAUUUAACCUUGCUUUCCUAAGCAAAUUGGAUUCUCAACUUGAAGUCCUGUCUGACACCCUAAAGCAGAGGGUCCACUCGCACCUCAUGAAGUUGAACAGAGCAGUCUGUCUGGAAUGCCCAGAGUUUUACAUCCCUUGGUUUCACGAGCGCUACUGCCAACGCGUCUUUCGUAACAGCAGUAGCCGAGUAAAUCCACUGCGACAGCAUGUUCACAGAAUGCUGACAGAGAUCUUAGGAGGGAGCAAUUACGCAAGAAUAUCUGUUCUCACACCAUACUACUAUGAAAUAGAUUUUGAGUGCAUUCUGGAUGAAAAUAAAAAGCCUCUUUCCUAUAUGGCUCAAAAUAUACCUUUGGAUGAUGCAGAGGGAGUACAUUUGAGACAUGACAUCAAGGAAGAUGGGAGAAAGGUUCUGCCACCAGGAGCUCAGAGAAUUGCUUUGGAAUUUCUUGAUUCAAAAGCUUUUAGCAAAGAUUCACGUCACCUUAAAGGAGAACCUGCAGUGAAAAAACGACACCUGGAAAUGCUGGGGUACCGGGUAGUUCAGAUUCCUCACUUUGAAUGGAAUUCUAUGGCUCUGUCAACGAAAGGUGAACAGGUAGAAUAUCUGAAAAAGCAUCUAUAUGGAACACAGUGAUUUCAGACAUGUAAUCAAAAGCAUUUUUUGUAUAAACCCUUCAUGUACCAUUGAACUACUUGUAAACUUAUUAAAGAAAUCUCUUUGUCUGUGA